AUGCAAGUCGAAACAAAACAACAUCGUCGUCGUUCAAUUAUACGUGAAUUUUGUUUGAAUACAUUCACUCCUACUUUACCUGAUAUUGCUCGAAGUGAAACAAUUUUAGCUUAUUUCGAAUAUUUAACACAAAUCAAUAUAAGCUAUGUUAGUGAAUGGCCACAAUAUUUUCUAGUUGAAAAUAACACACAAACAGCGGUACUUGGCAUAGUGGAAAUUCUUUCAAAUAUCGGAGGUCAAAUUAGUUUAUGGAUCGGUAUUAGUUUUAUUUUAAUAAUGAAAGUGAUCAAAAUGUUUUAUCGACUAAUUCAUUAUCAAUGCUUUUUAAUUGUACGUACAUUAAAAAAGUGA